AUGACAGCCUAUCCCACUCUUCCAGCAACCACUCUCGCCAGUCUCGCCGUGCGCGCACCCGAGAACCCAGACGACCACCAUCGCUUCUCCUCCAAGAAGAAGAUCUAUCUCUCCCAGGCUCUGCAAGGCCUGCUCGAUGUCCCUCGAGUGCCACCUGGCACCAACAGCAACGAGUACCCUAGGCAGAACCAUGGCUCCCUCACGCAACAUGCGACGAGGGGCUACAACAACAUUAAGCCCUUGAUUUCCCAGGCUCUGUGGCCCGCCGGCGACCGCCCCUUCACGGUCUCCGAGGCACCCACCAUCCCUCCCACUGCGCCCACCCCCGUCCGCUGGGGCUUCCCUGCGCCCUCGCUUGAGAACGUUACAACUCUCGACUUGGUUCUCAAGCCCCUCCCCCUCAAUGGCGACACGGUCGCUGCUCUCAGCACCAUGUUUCAGCCGGCCGGACUCGGGACCCAAACCAUGGCGGUCCGAGCCGCCACAUUCGUCUCGCUGAGCAGGCUGCUGUGGAAAGAGCAGGACGCCAGUGUCCAGACCCGGUUGGCGGAGCAGUGGACCUCCAAUUCGAGCGUGACUCGGAAUACGUCCCUCUGCCUGGUGCUCAACCAGGUGCUUCGACCAGCUGGCCACUUCAAGACAGGCCACGACAACCGCACCGCCACCGAUGCGGUCGAGUGGUACUCCAACCAGACCAAGCAGGUCAAGGACGAGUGGCGCCACGCGUUCGCUGCCAACGCACGCAACCUGGGGUCUGGAAUCAACCCCCAGCAGUUCGCGCCUCCUCGCCCCCUUCCUCCCAGCACAAAGACCUCCUUCUACAACAAGAUGGAGGGUCUCACCUUUGCUGCUGGAGAAGAAGACGACGGUGGCGUGCAGCGACUGCACGAUUUACUUGCGGGUAUCCCGCAGGUCAAGGGCAAGGGCAGCGGCGGUCGGUGGCUCCCCCUCAACGUCGUGUGGAACCCCAAGCCGCACGAGGUGGGCCUCCCCUAUCCGCCUGGGUCGGGCCACGAAGAGCAACAUGCCGCUCUCGUGGAAGCGAUGGCGCACUAUCUGGCGAGGGUCAACUGUGGCCCCCAAAAGUUCUUCACGUCGGAGAAGGAGGCCACCCGCCAGGCCGCCGACUUUGCACGCUACGCGUUGCAGCCACUCGGAGUUAACCAGCUCCACUACAUCUGGUUUGCCCAAUGCGUGCCCUUCACGCUUGGGUACCUCCGCAAGACUGGCAUCAGUGCCACGAUUGUGGACGACACCACCCCCGGCUUUCGCAUUUACGCGAAAGCCCUCCAAGGUCGACCCAUUGACGAGGUCAUCGCCGAGCUAGUGGCGGCGGGAAUGAUGGGGGUGGUGGGGUCGGGGGAGGGGAAGCCGAAGAAGCCGUCAGCGCAGAGGAAUUGGCAAUCUGGGAGCAGCGUGGCCACGGCGCUCCUCUGUCCGUGUACCCGCCCACCGCCGAUGGCGGGUCAUACCUUCCUCGGCUGCCGAAGGAGCCGAAAGCCUUGUGGCCGCAGCUUGUUCAGGAGAACGGCCUUGUCGUCCUCCGACAUCGAAAACGCCUGGAACUCUCCUCCCAUCAGGAGAGGACCGGACCCGCACGCCACGCCGAUGGUGUUGGCAACAGUCUUGAAGAAGACGAUGUCCACCGCGACGUCACGACCGAUUGCCUGGUCGGUCUGUCAAGGGCUUGCCGAGCUCCAAGGGUGA